AUGGAAAAAUUAUUUACAAUGUCUAAGAUCCUGUUGACUUCUCGAACAAUUUGGCCGUUUGAUUUUGAUUUGAUCGAAGCCAGGCCUUCAGAAACUUCUUUAACUUGUCUUUUCAAAUCAGAAGCAGCAGCUUUUCCCGUUAUUGGCGGUGCCGGUUGCCCGAAUUUCCGAGCGGGCGUGCCCCCUGUGGCCAAUAAAGCCGCGGACUUGGAUGUUGUCUUUGGGGCGGCUCCGCCUCUCACGGGCUGUCGGCUCCCGGCCCCUGUGGACAACAAAGCCGCGGAGUCAACUUUUGGCUUUGGGGUGCCUCUGCCCCCUCUGCUUCCCCCGGGCUGCGGGCUCCCUGUGGACCCUGCGGCGAACAAAGCCGCCGAUUGGGGUUUUGUCUUUGGGACGGAUCCGGGUUUGGUGUUUGGGGUGGGUGUGCCCCUUCCGCCUCCUGUGCGCUGUGGGUUCCCCUUACCUCCUGCGGAGAAUAAAGCCACCGAUUGGGGUUUUGUCUUUGGGGCGGGUGCGGGUUUUGUCUUUGGGACGGAUGCGGGUUGUGCCUUUGGGGCGGGUGUCCUUCCGCCUCCUGUAGGGUUCCCUCUGCCCCCUCCGCCUCCUGUGUUCCCUCUGCCACCUCCGCCUCCUCCUGAGUUUUGCUUUUGUGUCUGCCCACCUUUGCCACCGCCACCAUUACCUCCCCCUCCAUUGCCCUUCGCAGGUCGAGGCGAUCGUUUUUCGAUGAUCCACCUACGCGCAACCGUUUCUGUAGUCUUUAUCAGAGCACCUCCCUCGCGCUUCUCGAGCAUCUUGAGUUUGCGUCGGACCCGGGCCUGCCGUGUGCCCUCUAGGCUUUCGUCUACAAUCGGACUAAACACGGUCCGGUUGGAGUGA